GUUUGCAAACACGAUACAUUCCUCUGGCCGUGUCAGAGCUCUGCCGAGGAACAGAGGAGGAGAGGAGGCAGCAGAGGGGAGGGGCAAAAAAAAAAAAAAGGGAGAAGAAUAGAAGAUAAACUUGGCUGGAUUUAAGUGUGUUGGCCCGGGCACGGGCUGGCAGUGGGCUAUGUUGUUGUGUCUCUGUGAGGUGUGGUGGGAGGCAGUGAGGUAAACGUCCGGGCUACACACACACACACACACACACUCACACACACAUGCAUACAUACAUGCACCAACACACGGGCUAAGCGAGAUGCCCGCGUGACUGCAGGGAGGAAAGAAGCGGCGGAGGAGAAGAAGAAGUGAGGGAGGGAGGGCUGGUGCUUGUGGACCACCUUAAAACCCCCGAGGUGGAGUUGUCAAAGAUAGAACCGGGCGAAGAAAUAUUCGUUCCAGCCUGGCUGCUAAUUUUGGUGCAGUUUGAAAAUCGAUGCAAGAUAUUUAUUUCCUGUUCAUGUCGAGGAUGAGGACCUAAAGGUCGCCGGGAGGAGAGCGCACAUGUUCGGAUGUUGUUCCUCCUGAGUGGACACACGGACUGACCACCACAUGUCUUCUCUGCUGGGGGUGAAACAGCGAGCGAUCAGCUGCUCUCUUUGGGAUGCUUUAGAUUUUGCGGCCUGCUCCGGUCUCCGGUUACCGCAAUGCCACGGGAUGCCACAGGAGAGAUAGGUGGAAGACGGGAGGCGGAAGGAAAAGGCACCGAAAAAGCAAUUUAAUAUAGCAAUAAUGUGAAGAUCUAAAGGGGGAAAAAAUACAAUCCUGAGUGUGCUUGUGUUUUAAUCAGAGAAUGACUGGAGCAGCUGAAUGGCACACACUGUACUCAGUAAGCUUUGGUGGCCUGUGAACUGUAUGGGGUGAAACAGACUCUGUUGUUGUUAAAGCAAUGUUAGUAACAUGACUUAAACGUCAAAUGAGGUGAGUACGGUGGCUGUGACUGUGUAGUGGCUGCUCAAUUCUCAACUUUCUGCUGACGAAGUUCUUAUACUCACUGACUGGACUACAGUGCGCACCAUGGGACAUUGCGCAGGACCUAUUGCACCUGCCAGUGCAGAGUGUGGUGCAUAAUAGUGACAGAGUGGAGCUCUGAAGCCAGCAUUUAUGUCUCUGCCUCUUUUACUCUCCUGUGCUCCUGCCCACACAACUUGCUCUGCGAACCAAGUGAAAGCCUGAAAACCUCUCUUAGCUUCCUUCACACACAGGCAAAGCAAAACAUGCCUUCACCUUCAGACUCCAGCAGCGUGGCUUCAGCCUCUGGGUCUCGCGGUUGGUCAGACAGCCGCAGGGGGAUGUCAGGCCGGGGGCCCGGCGGGGCGCGUUUACUCCUGUACCUGGGUCUGUGCCACCUCGGCCUGGGAGCCAUGGUCCUGGCCUUCUCUUUCACCAGCAUGGCCUUCACCUCCUCCGCCCGAGUGAGGCAGUCCUGUCCAUUCUGGGCUGGCUUCUUUGUCGUGGCAUCAGGGAUAGUUGGAAUAAUCUCAUGGAGGAGACCUCUGACGCUGGUUGUGUCACUGUUCAUGCUGCUGUCAGCAGUGUGUGUGAUCCUCAGCCUGGCCGGCUCCAUGCUCUCAUGUCAGAAUGCACAGAUGGUCAAGUCUAUGCUCACCUGCCAGGUGGAAGGUCCUCUGUGUUUGUGUUGUGGGCCCAACCAAGCCUGCUCCAUCUCAGAGGAGGAUACCCUGGUCCUCUACUUGAAUAGUGACUGCCAUUCAGUCAGACAUCAGCUGAAGGACCUUUUGUUCAGCGCAUGUGGUCUCAGCAUUCUCUCCACCAUUAUUUGUACGCUUUCCACUGUGACCUGCAGCAUCCACAUAUUCUCCCUGGACCUGGUCCACCUGCUGGCUCCACAUCGCUCUCGUUCAGUUAACCCAGAAUGCACCACUCCCCAGGAUGCCUUCCUGACCAACAUCAUGGACUUUGAGGAGUUUGUUCCACCCAUCCCUCCACCGCCCUACUAUCCUCCUGAGUACACCUGCAGCUCUGAGACAGAUGCCCAGAGCAUCACCUAUAAUGGCUCCAUGGAGAGCCCUGUCCCUCUCUACCCCACUGACUGCCCCCCUCCCUAUGAAGCCGUGAUGGGACAAAGAGCCGCUAGCCAGGCAACAGUGUUUGACGCCCACGGCACCGAGCUGUCUGGAGAGAGAGGAACUUCUACUGCCUUCAGUGGAGAAGUGUCCAUGGACAGUGGAUCACUGUUAAUGUCAGAGAUCGUGGACAUCCCCGACGAUUCCUCCCCGUCUGAGGACUCCUGUCUGAUGGAGGUUGGCGUGAGGAACCAGAGUGAGAGGGGCAACAGGAACACCAGUGAGGGGGGAGAGGGGGGAGACGGAGGGGAGUACAUCAGCUUCCGUGGCCCACACUCCCAGACGCCAGAGAGUCCCCUGGCAGGAGGACCAAGAGCAAGGCGAUUCCUUAGAGGAGAGAGGUCCAACUCGUGCUCCUCACCCAGCACGGCCACCACGACUUACAGGUCUCCGGUACUGCGUCGCCAGGCCACGCUAGCAAGUAGCUGUUCCCAGCUGGAAGCAAUAGGGAGCUCCACCUCUCCACAGCAAUCCCCAGUACCAGAGAUUCGAGUUCGUCCCUCAACGCCCCUGAGCCAAGGAGCUGUCCCGGUCUCUUCUGCUCCACUGACCUCGUCCUCCUCAGCUGCUAGUGAGCAGGGUAACGGACCACCCUUUCCACGAACACCGCUCUAUCUUCGGCGAAGGGCUGGGAAAAGUGAAAAAGAUGGAGAGAACCUGAGAAGAGACAGCGAAGGUUUCCUGCGGCUUGUGAGGUCACACAGUGAGCCAGGCCUCGGCUCCUCCACUGAAACAGUUGACUUUGGCUCUGGCGGCAGCAAAGCAUCUACAGAUACAGGUCCAUCCUCGGAGGCGUGUCUAUUGCCACGCAUUUCUUUGCCUCCUGCUACAGCUUUGCCAAGGAAAGGCAGCAUGAAAUCAGCAGCAACAGGGGCGGUGCAGGUCCCCUCCAAACCCGCCCCCACUUCACCACUACGUUUACCUAAAGACUGCCACCGUUCGCUUGGAGACCUUAAGGUUACUCGAGUUCUGGUGGCUCGCUUUCUGCAACGCUCCAAACGUAACCUGGCGCCUUCCUCCGAGCACGCUGGCAACGCAGGGCAGGGGCCGAAGAGGAGGAGUGGAGCCGAGGGCGCCGUCACCAACCACGUACCCUUGGAGCAGGUUUUGCGGAACCCCUGGGGCACCAGCCGAGGACAGCCCAACCACCACGCCCAUCACCCUCACCACCGCGGACAUCACCACUCCCACAGUGACAGUCGACACAACCGGCACCACACCAGCCGGGCACCGGAGGGGAUCCACCUGCGCAGCUGCGGCGAUUUAAGCUCCUCUUCCUCGCUGUCGCUACGCCGGUUAGUGACCCCUAAUCCGCCACAUGGGUCAUCAGGAGCUCUCUAUUCAGAGUCUGCACUGUGAAGAGGAUGGUGAAGACGUGGGGAAAAGAGAAGACGUGCAAGAUGGCGGAGUUGUAUAAAAAAGAAAAAGAAAAAAGGACAGGUUGAUGACAGGAUUUAGCUCUGUGAAAAUAUAUUGAAAUUUUGAAAGUCUUCCUCCUUUUCCUGUAUGUUAACUCCACUUCCUGAAGUCAACUGUGCAAAUGGCCUUAUUUAAAGGUGCUCUUGAUCUGAACAUCAGCCUGGAGCUCCCUCUUAUUUCACUGAUCAACAUCAGUGCAAUGAUCACUAGAUGAUUAUUUCUCGUUUGGUCUCUCUAGUAUAACAACGUACCUACGAUUGGCCAAGACCAACCUACUGGAAACGUCUUUUGUGUCAUUUACUUCACUCACUCCCUCUCAGUAAUCACCUGGAAGAUGUUACCCACAAAACUGGAGUCAGAACUCAACGUUCAAACAGCCACGUACAUAACACAUAGAUAUGAGUUACAAUAUGCUUCUUGUCUUUUUCUACAUUACUAUUCAUCCACAGGAUCGCUCAGGUGAAGUGAUCAUGAUCUCCCUAUUUUGUCUUCCAUUGAAAACUACACUACACUACAUUUCAAACAUAUAGUCAGCAGAGUACUGUGUAAGAUAAACUGAUGAGCACAUGAGGACCCACAUGUUAAACCCCUUUGUUCAGUUGCUAUUUUUAUUUUAUUUUACUUUUUCUAAUUCCCACUCUCUCCACACCCUACCACCUACAUGAUGGCCUUCAAAAUCAAAAGGCAGCCAGCAUUUCUAAAACUGACAUUAAUGCACGCCACCAGACACGCGCUCGGCCUCUGAAGCGUUACUCUCUGUGGGUGGCCCCCUGGACACGGUGGUUUCUUUUGCGUAUGUGCAUGUUUUGCUACAGCCACGAUGCAGCGGGCACCUUGUGCAUCCGAUCAUGGCUGUCUGUGUGUAACUAAGUAACAUGUCCUCAGAAUGUCUUUAAAUGCAUGUUUUGACAAUGCUUCUUUUUUUCCCUCUUGCACUCAAGACUUAUGAUAGUAGCCACGUGAAAUGUGUUUCCAUAAGCAGCAGAGAGGACGGGUCAGGGACGAAGAUUUGCAGUGCCCCCCCCAGUGUCCUCUGCCAGGUGGCUCCAAACAUGCCUCCGCAUUCUAAUUUGAUUUUUGGUUUGAAGAUACUUCGAGGGCACAGGUGUAUCAGUGACACUGGCUGAUCUUGUAAGAUAAAUUGGUGUAAACUGCAUUGUGUCUCUGAUGACAUGAAGGGUCUCAUGCGGUAAUUGUACAGACAAAUUUAUUAUGUGUUGACAUGUGUCCCUUUGGACUUGAAGAGGUUGUUGACGGGUGGUUAAUGAAAACUUGUCCUCCAGACACUGGUGACAGUAGACCUGGUGGACGUAGGAUGGGUCCGGCAGCUCUGCAUACUGAAUUUUGAGGUGUAUUAAUAUAUUUGUAUAAGAAUGGAUCUUUUUUCUCUAGAGAGACUUUUUGGUGUGCUCACUAUAAGCAACCAUACUGACCCCAUAUUCGUGAAAGGCACAUUUUGGAUACGCUCACAUGUAUGUAACUAAUUUUAAAGAUUUCCACGCAUACACACAGCCUGCGAACGGAUACAGGCAUACUCGUACACCCCCUUACAAAAGGCACUGAGCUGUGUUUCUACCUCCUGUCUUGCAUAAAACAUUAUUUAUUUGAACAAAUGUAUAUCUGUAUGGCAGGCUUGACAGAAUAGAGCCUUCAAACCUGAAUAAUAAAUGUAUCUUAAUAUGACACCUAUUCCAGGUUUUAAAGUGUCAAUAGCAAGACUUUCAAUGCAAGUUAUGUAUUUCAACAUAUGAAAUAAAUGAUAGACAUAAAAUAAAAAA